UUGAAGGCAACGUACUUCCGUACUACUUCCGGUUACAAUGAAAGCGCGCCGGCUACGUAGCUACCAAAAUACAAAUUCAAUCUAACAGACAGCUGAAGAUGAAAGUAUAUUUUAUUGAACAGCAUAAUAUCGUUAAGUGUAACGCUAAUGGAAUAACAAAGUCAUGUUUUUAUAGAGUAUUUUGAGCUAUUCGGUAAACUUAUUUGGUCGGGUUUUAGACUAGUAGCUACUAGCUAGCUAACAAUGUUCUCGUCAUCGCGGGCAGCUCCAUCAGAACGCCAGGGUCAAGUGGGGGUUCUUAAAACCAAGAGCAAAGAAGAACUUGGUGAAUUACUGUCACGCCAAGAUAAAUUAUUAUCUAACAAGGGGUUCAUACAGACCCUUCCAGACAAAGGGAAGAAGAUCUCAGACUUUGCAGAGAGAUUAUGCCUUGCUCUUGCCCACAAUGAAGAAGAGGAGAUGAAGCAAGAUAUGCUGUCAUAUGUCAGGACAGAGCUGCAGUCUAAAUACCAGCAGACUUUGACACAGAGACAACAUGGUAGCCAGAAUAAACCAGAAACUUCCCAACAUAGGAGACAAGCUGGGGACACAGCUCCUGGAAAUGUCCAAGAAUUGGAUGUCUCACCUCUGUCACCUAAUGUUCAGGAGAGCAAAAUAGUUCACACGUUGCAAGAAGACAGUGUGUCCAAAGUAUCUGCUGCUGAAACCAUGGAGGUGGCCCAGGCUGGUGGUGAUGCAGGGGCCUCUCUAGACUCUGACAGGACAAAAGAGAGCGACCUAGCGGAGGCCUUGCAGAGGGUCACUCUGUCUGACCACUCAAGUGGCUCAAGUGGAUCCCCUAAAGACACAUUCAACAGACCUGCUACUGGCAACCCCUUCCUUGGAAGGCAGCCACAGAAGAAACCACACUACAUAGAAGUCCUGGCGAGGACUGAGAAGGACCCGGCUAUGAGGAGACAGAAGUAUAAGCCUAAUCAGUUUGCCCACAACACAGAUGGCUCCCCGUCAGGGUCUCUGUCACCCAGCCAAUCCCCUGGAGGCUUAUUACCAUCACCAGUGCUCUCCAUUGAGGCCAGGAGGGAGCGAGACAGGAAGCACAUUGACGAUGUCACUGCGGCCAGGCUGCCACUGCUCCACUACAGCCCUGCCCAGCUGCUGACACUGGAGCAGUCAGCUGACCUGCUACUCGAGCAGACCAGGAAACACCAGGAUUUGCAGGCCAAGCUGGCAGCCCAGAAGCUGUCUGAGGGGCUGAGGUUCAGCACUGGGAGCUAUGUUGUGGAAGGGUGCCCGCUGGGCGCCUACAGGGAGGUUCAUGACGACGUAGCCCAGCUUUCUUCAGAGGAAGACUAAUCCGGGGGGGGCCACAUCAAGGAAACUCAGGUGACCCCUGACCUCUGAGACAAGUCUCUGUGCCCUGCAUCAGGGCCUAUGAAAGGAAGGGGAUUGGCAAUUCAAAGACGAGAGGCCUGCCUGAGGAGAUGGAAAGGGUCAUGGGCAUCAGGUGGUUUUGAAGGCACAGUGGGUGUCCCUGUCUUGUCUAUCCAGGGAGGUGAAUUGUGUGGGUCUUGGUUCACCAUCAGUAAUUCACUGAGUUGUCAGCAUCCUGUCCAGUUUAUCAGAGCUGCCACAGAACCUUAGGCCUCCCGUUGGGUGAUGUGUUAGCAAACCUAAUGCUCCCUGCAAGAGGCUAUCUCACCAUGUUGUCAGAGAGUAAAAGAUCAGUUGUGUGAUGAGGCUGCUACAGUAUUGUCUGGUAUUGUUGACUCCCAUGGUGGUUGCAUUUCCAAAAGACAAAAGUAUUGACCGUAUGCAUGUGAGAAAUAUAAAGAAAAUAUUUUUUUGUAUGAUCUUUUUCUAAAGUGUUUCUGAUUGAAAAUAAAAAUCUGUUCUUACCAUA